CGAGAAACAAAUACUCAAGAUUUAUCUGCCUUUCAAGUUUAGUUCUAUCAUUGAUAUUCGAAUGUAAAAAGUAUAAUUGUGUUUUAAUCGCAUUUUAUCGUUUUUGAUAUUAAAAUCAAUCGUUUUAAAGUCUCUCGAGUCUCUCGAGCCACAACCACAACAGUUUCCAUUUUUAUUUUUAUUUUUAUUUUUUUCGACUACUUAUUUGUUCGUGUCAAGUUUGAAUUUUUAAAUUUCUCGAUAAUUCGUUGUCAGUUUUUCCCUUCAAAUUCAGAACUCGUACCUACUUCGUUCUUUGUAAGUAACUAGAUGGCAGUUGUGCAGUUCAUUUCCGGUACUCAUCUUCGUUAUGUAGAAUGUGACACUACUGAUAACGUCAGAAUCAGAUAGAUAAGAAUGACAUUUCAUCAGCUGCAGAAUGAAAUUUUUAGUCUGAAAUUCGGAUUUCGGCUUCGAAUUAAUUAAACUUAUGAGCACUAAACUACAGAAAUGAAGCUAAGAUGUUUCAUUUGCCACGAUGAUUUAUUCGACACAGGCAGUGCAGAAGAUUCAGUCUGUUCAACAAGUUGUGGGCAUAGUUUUCAUUGCUUAUGUCUUAUGGAAUGGAUCCUAGAAAGUUCUAAUUUGAAUUCGUGUCCUAAUUGUCGUUCGAGCAUUACUCACGAAGAUAUAUUCAGAUUAGAUCCGUAUGUCGAAGAAUCACCGGUGCCAGUUUACGAAAACACGAGAAGCAAGACGAAACCGAAGAAUCUGCAGCUAGAUCUAUCGAUAUCGCGAUCAGAAUUAGAUUUAAAAGUUAAAGAAUUAGCCUUGAAGAAUUUAGAAUUGCAAAGACUGCACAAGAAACAGAAAGUUUCUAGUACAGAGUGUGAAAGACUGAGAUAUGAAAACGAUGCGUUGAAUGAGGAGAACGCGAAAUUAAAGGUGAAAUUGAAAUCCGAGCAGGAGAAAAAUGAGAUAAUAAGGUCUGAUCUUCGAAUUGUCGAUGUUAUCGAACUGGAUGAAGAUGUCGAAACAGAGGAACACAUCGAACCCGAGUAGAUUUGAAAUAAGUUUACUCAGUUUACUCGUACGUUGAUCGAAAUAAUUCAAAAAAAAAUUAAUCAAGGUGAUUUUUAGUGAUAUUUUUCUAUCAGGUGCUGUUAGUAGCAUUUAAGUUAAAGAUCAUAAGCUUAUUGUUAUUGUUUUAAAGCUAUUUUCUAUUUCUUUACCCAUAUUCAUGGAAGUUCCUUUUUUUGAUACGUGUUUUAAAAUUUAAAUUAGAUUUAAUCACUUUCUGUGAUCUAUUAGAUUAAGUAAAUAUUUAUUUUUUGAAGAACUUCUUCGUACCUGUUUUUAACGGUAAAAAUCGAAUUAUAAAAGCAUGAAUUUUAA